ACUCCAUUGAAAAAGUCCACUUGACGACAAAGUCCCCCUUACGGUUCUUCUUGUAGUAUAUAUACAUCUUUCCACUCCCUCUUCUCUACUCAAAUCAAAUCCUUCUCUAAUUAAGCUUUUGAAUAUUACUUAAUUACCUGAAACUUCAAAAAUUAUACCAAAUGGCCACUCCUAACGAAGUAUCUGCACUUUGGUUCAUCGAGAAACACCUACUAGACGAGAUCUCUCCCGUGGCUAGACACGAACCAGCACCAUCCGAAUCUAGCUCCGACUCUUCUUCUAUGUUCUUCCCUGAAUGCAAACCCGAAGAAAUCAUCGAUCUCGAUAAUCCCAGAUUCUUCGAUUUUAUAUUCGACGACUCCCCCCAAGUCUCUCUUUCCGAUUUCGAUUUUAAACCGUCAGACCAAACUCAAUUAGAACCGGAGCUACGAAAACCGCCGUUGAAGAUCUCGCUUCCAGCUAAAACCGAGUGGUUCCAAUUCGUCGCCGAGGAUCCUAAACCGGAAGUUACUGAACCGGUGGUUACUGAAGAAGAGAAGAAACAUUACAGAGGAGUGAGACAAAGACCGUGGGGGAAGUUCGCGGCGGAGAUUAGAGACCCGAACAAACGCGGUUCUCGCGUUUGGCUCGGAACGUUCGACACAGCGAUUCAAGCGGCUAGAGCUUACGACGAAGCGGCGUUUAGACUACGAGGUUCGAAGGCCAUUUUGAACUUCCCUCUCGAGGUUGGGAAGUGGAAACUACCACGCGCCGCCGACGAAGCUGAGAAGAAACGGAAGAGAGACGAUGUCGUCGAUGAGACGACUGUGGUCGAGAAAGUGUUGAAGACGGAACAGGGCGUUGACGGUGACGGUGGAGAGACGUUUCCGUUAUGCAGCGACUGGGAUUUAACGGGGUUUCUUAACUUUCCGCUUCUGUCGCCGUUAUCUCCUCACCCAUCGUUUGGUUAUUCACAAUUGACCGUUGUUUGAUUUUUUUUUUUUGGCGAUGUGUAUGCUGACGUGGACUUAUGGUACACGUAGGUGCAUGCGAUAAACAUUUAAAAUUAAAAAAUAUUCCAUUUGUUCAUAUC